ACAAGCAUAAAAUAAGCUAAUUAUACCAAUUUCACAUCCACUUAGGGUCGUGUUUCUGUUUUUUUUUUUUAUACAAGUUUGUGGCUGUAUUUUGUUUUGCUAAAGUUUAAGUUGAUUUUGUUGAUUAUUGUGGGGAAACCGGUCAUAAUUUGAUAGUAUUUUAAUUGUUCGAUUUUUUUUGACAAUUUUAAGAAGAUGUGGAGAUUAAAUGCAAUAUUUGUGCUCGGUUGUGCGCUGGUGCUCGUGCGCGCUCAGUUCCCACGAGUGUGCGUAACUCCAGAAGGUCUCAGGAGCGCGCAAUGCUGCCCGUCUCCAUCGAGUUUGGAGAAUGAUCCGUGCGGCGCAAACUCCGGGCGCGGGCAGUGCGUGGACGUGAGCGCGGAUGCGCGUGUGCACGGGCCGCAGUACCCGUACGACGGACGCGAUGACCGCGAGCGCUGGCCGUUGCGCUUUUUUACGCGCGCCUGUCAGUGUAACGGGAACUUCAGUGGGUUUGACUGCGGCCGCUGCAGACACGGACUCACCGGAGACGCGUGCGACCGACCCGUUCCCGUGGUCAGGAGGAAUGUGAUGCGGCUCAACGCAGAGGAGAAACGCGCUUUUGUGAAUGCGCUAAACCAGGCCAAGCAAACUACCCAUCCGGACAUCGUGGUCGCGACCCGCCGUUACUCAGAGAUUUUUGGACCUGACGGGAACACGGUUCAGUUCGAGAACAUCAGUAUUUAUAAUCUGUUCGUGUGGACUCAUUAUUAUUCGGUGAGUAAGACAUUCCUCGGUGCCGGACAGGACAGCUUCGGUGGCGUGGACUUCAGUCACGAGGGACCCGGGUUCGUCACGUGGCACCGGUACCAUUUACUGCAGCUGGAACAAGAUAUGCAGGAUAUGUUAGGAGAUCCCAGCUUUGCUUUGCCCUACUGGAACUUUGCCAUUGGAGGCAGUGAGUGUGAUAUCUGUACCGAUGAUCUGUUGGGAGCUCGCAGCACCUUUGACAUGAACUCCAUCAGCUCCAACUCCAUCUUCUCACAGUGGAGAGUCAUAUGUGAGAGUGUGGACGAGUAUGACACGCUAGGAACCAUCUGUAACAGUACGGAGACCAGUCCAAUCAGGAGAAAUCCCGCCGGUAACGUCGCUCGUCCGAUGGUGCAGCGACUGCCGGAUCCAGAGGACGUGGAGGCGUGUUUGGAGCUGAACACGUUUGACACCCCACCCUUCUACUCAACUUCAUCUGACAGUUUCAGAAACACCAUUGAAGGUUACAGCGCUCCUCAGGGGAAUUAUGAUCCAGUGGUGCGUAGUCUGCAUAACCUGGCCCACCUGUUUCUUAACGGGACGGGUGGACAGACCCACCUGUCCCCCAAUGACCCUAUUUUCGUCCUGCUGCACACCUUCACUGAUGCCAUCUUCGAUGAAUGGCUGCGCAGACACGGUGCAGAUUCGUCCGUCUACCCGCUGGAAAAUGCUCCCAUCGGCCAUAACAGAGAGUUUAACAUGGUCGCCUUCUGGCCACCUGUAACCAACGCAGAGAUGUUUGUCACAGCGCCUGAUAAUCUGGGUUACUCUUAUGAAGCGGAGUGGCCAGCUCGUCCUCUGACUCUGACUGAGAUGAUCACGGUUGGCGUGGUCGCCGCUCUUAUCAUUGUUGCGGUUAUAUUUGCGGCCACCACGUGUGCGGUCCGGUUACGCUCGUACAGGAUGGAAGGCCGUCAGCCGUUACUGGGAGAACACUAUCAGCGUUAUGAUGAUAAAACACAAUCUGUAGUAUAAACACAUCACCUCAAGUUAUUUCUCUCAGUGUCAACUAUAUUUGAAGGGACAGAUGAAAUUUUUUUACAGUAACUAAAUAAAUAUGUCAAACUUAUAAUUGUCACUUCUUACUUUUUAUAGAGUGUGAUGCAAACAAUAUCACUGCAGUAAUAGAGCAAUUCACAGCUGUCUCUGUAAAACUCUCUGAAAUUUACAUGUAAACGUGUGACCUUUCCAUGGGAUUACAUUAUACGCAAGGUCACAUAUAAAAGUUGUGGUUUAAAAGUACAUAUUUUUAAUUUUUUGGUGAAAAUUAUGAUGGUUUCACCAAAGUCAUAUAAAGAGAGAGAGUUACGACACUCAUGUUUCUCAAUAUGUGUUCUUCAGCAUUGCGUCCUUGUGUCCUCGCUCUACGUCAUCAUUAACAAUGAAAGGGACAUGUUUUUAUAUUGACCAAAUUAAAUGUGUAAAUGUAUCUUUCGCGCUCUAUUGCGAAUUGAGAAACAGCCAUAGACGUCCGUUGGAAGAAUGGAAUGCGGAAGUAACACGGUGUCAUGUAGAAGUGACGUCCAAACGCAGCACUGAAGCCCAUUCAUUUCAAUCUGCUGGUAAAUCGGUGAAAUUACCGUUUCUCUUUACAUUUUCGGACAUUUCAUGAAUGUAAUCAACAGUGGUAUUUUAUGAACUCAGCUGUAGGUAAUGAUUAUCAUUAAUAAUAACUAGUUAAAUUAUUAUAUUUGAAUGAGUUGUGUAUAAUGUGUGAAUAAUAUAGAUUUAAUUGUUUAAUAUUUUAUUACUGAUGGCCAUCUACUUUAAUAUAUAUUUAUCAUAUCUUUUAUAUCUAUUACGAGUAACACUAGGGGGUAAUAGUGAGAAGCAUAAGAAAGUCGCACUGCUUCACAAUGCUGCUAUGUGUUUCAUUGUGUUUGGAAGGUAAUAAUACGAGUGAUGUAUCCUCGAAAAUCAUGUAUAAUUAUAUUAACAUUUAAAGUGUACCAUAAAUAUAAUUAAAUAUGAAUUGAGUGUG